AUGGGUGGCAAACCGAGCCGAGAUGUUAUGGCCACAAAUCCGGUCGGCAGCUCAUCUGCUCACGAACUUAGUUUUUCCGAGUCCGACUUUGUUUCGGAGAGCAAAAGGGAAGUUUACUCGAGAUUUCGAAGGUUUGAUGACAACUACACCACUCUAGACCAGGUGAAACGAGCUCUUUCGGAAUCCGGGCUGGAGUCGUCGAAUCUGAUUGUGGGCAUAGACUUCACGAAGAGCAACGAGUGGACUGGUAGAGAGUCCUUCAGUGGAAGGUCCCUCCACUACAUAGGCCAAGGCAUGAACCCAUACGAGCAUGCCAUCUCCAUCAUUGGAAGGACACUUCCGUCAUUUGACGAGGAUAAUCUCAUCCCUUGCUUUGGCUUUGGAGAUGUUAGUACGCAUGAUCAAGACGUUUUUAGCUUCUACCCGGACGGCAGGUCGUGUGACGGCUUUGAGGAGGCACUCGCUCGGUACAGAGAUAUUGUUCCAUAUGUGCGUUUAUCAGGGCCUACGUCGUUCGCUCCCAUAAUCGAGAUGGCUAUUGGGAUUGUCGAUCAAAGUGGUGGUCAGUAUCAUGUUCUACUGAUUAUAGCUGAUGGCCAGGUGACGCGAAGUGUAGACACAGCGGUUGGGCAGUUGAGUCCUCAGGAGAAAAAGACUGUGGAUGCCAUAGUAAGAGCAAGCGAUUAUCCACUGUCCAUAGUAGUGGUUGGAGUAGGAGACGGGCCAUGGGACAUGAUGCAUAAAUUUGACGAUAAUAUUCCCGCAAGGAAGUUCGACAAUAUUCAGUUUGUGAACUUCACGGAGGUUAUGUCGAGAAAUGUGCCUCUACAACAGAAGGAGGCCGAGUUUGCUCUGGCGACACUAAUGGAAAUCCCCUUACAGUACAGAGCCACUAUUGAACUCCAUCUCUUGGGCAACCAGAGAGGAAUUAGCACAGUAGUUCCAUUGCCACCUCCAAUUCCGACGUUGAGGUCACCAAUGUUUUCCCGGUCGAGCAGCCGAAAUUUCACGCCUACGCCCUCGUUUUCUCCCCCAAGUGUUUCGGAAAUUUCUUCAAGUACUCGGGGGUGCCCGGUUUGUUUCUAUAACAGACGAGACCUUGCUUUUGGAUGCGGCCAUCAGACUUGUCAUGAGUGUGGCUAUGAUCUCACGUGGUGUCCCGUUUGCCACACACAGAUAACUACAAGGAUAAGGCUCUAUGACUGA